AUGAAUAUUUCUAAUUUUUUUCAGGAAUGCGUAAAUACUAUUACAGAUUCUCGACCAAUUCUUUAUCAACCUUCAAUGGAUAUCUAGGAAGGCGAAAUUUUAGUGAAAGGAAAGACUUUUGGUAGAUGGGAAGCUAAGAAAUUUAUAAUUGAUAAUGAAAAAAGAGUCUUUGCUACUAUGAGUUCUAAAGAAAAACAAAACUUAAAACCCUAUUUUUUAUAAGAGUAUUAAGUAUUUAAGAAUUUUUACAGCUUUUAGGUAGAAAACAAAGAAAAGAAAAAAGAUAAAACAACAUUUGAUUUAAUAUCGAAAACAGGAGGAAAAUGUAUUACUCUUGGAAUAGAAAAUGAAUAGAAAGCUAAUGAAAUCAUAAGGAUUUUAUAAGAUUUAUGUAAAAAAGUAGAGGAGAAAUAAAAGUAAGAAGAGAAAAUAUAAAAAAAUAUCUAAGAAAAGAUAAAUAAAUAGAAUUAUUGUACCAUUUUAAUAAAUAUUAGUUAGAUAAUAUCAUUGAUUAAAUAGAUUAUGAUAUUCCAAGCUUCUUUGAUAUUACAGAAAUUAGGGAUAGGUAUUUUUUGUUAUAAAUGUAGUAUCGCUUAAAUUCGAAAGAGUUAACUCAAUUUAGAGAAUUUCAAAUUAAUAUUUGAAAAUAAAUUAUUAAUAUAUAGAAAUGAACACAAUCAUCAUUAAUUUAAAGUAUUCUCAGAAUUUGACAGCAACUGUAUUUUUAUAUAUUAUAUAAUUACGUAGGUAAAGAUGAUAUUAUUCAGAAUUUAACAGAUUAUAAUAAAAUUAAUUUGUGGAAUGCUUUUAUUAAUACACAGGAAAGUAGAAUGAUUAAAGAAUUACAUGAAGAUAAAUCUUUUUUAAUACUUGAGAUUAGAGAGUUAUCUAAUAUAUUUAUCUUUAAAAGAGAAUUCCAAUAUUUGUAACAUCACUUAAAAAUUGACAAUAUUGAAUUUAUUGUCUAAAAAUAAAUUGAUCAAAAAUCAUUAACAAAAAAUUAUUAAGGAAGUUUAAAAUAUGGUGUAUGGGGUAUUUAAACAAGGUAAUAUAUAUCUUCUUUAUUUUAGCGAAAAGUCAACUAAAGUUUAUUAUUUUUCUGAAUAGUUUAUGUAAGGAUUGUCCUAUCCUGAUGAAGACUCUUAUCUUAUUUAAUUAUUUUUAAAUCAAAUAAUUAAUGUAAAUUAAAGAAGUAAGAGAAAUAUUUAGAAUAAUUAAAAAAAUAAAUAGGAUGAGACAAUUUUUUAAUAUUAAUAAUAAAAUUAAAAUUAGGAUUAACAAUUAAUUGAAUCAAUAAAAUCAGAUAAUAAUGAAAAAUUUUUUGAUUGCGAAGAAUUAGAUGCUAUGAAUGAUAAAUUAUUUAUUGUUUAAAAUGAUUCUACUCAAAAUAUUAUUAAAGAUGAAGUAUCUAGAAAUGUGUAUGAAUAAAAUGCAAGAAGAAUGACAGCUUAACCAUUAUAAAUGGAUGAUACAUUAGAUAAUGUUAGAGAUUGGGUUGAUAAAAAAAUGAAAUUAGUUUUAUCUGGAGAUUAUAAUUCUUGCUCUAUUAAUGUUAAGCAUUAAUUAUAUCCAAAAGAAUCUGAUAUAUAACAUAGAUAAUUAUUAACUUAAUAAGAAGGUGGACAUUAUAUUUUUAAAAAGGAUUUUAUUAGAGAAGAAAAAAAUGGAGGAUUAAAAGUGAUAAAUGAGGAGAAAUUAGCUGCUUAAAAAGCAGUUAUAAAAUUCUUGUUGACUAGAAUUGGAGCUUCUUUAAUGAUGGGAAAAUCAAUUACUAGUGUUUCAAUGCCAGUUUCAAUAUUUGAAGCAAGAUCAAACACUGAACGAGUUUGUAACAGUAUGGGAUUUGCACCAAUUUAUUUAGAAAAUGCUGCUUAAUCUUAAGAUAUUUAUUAUAGAAUAAAAUAAUGUGCUGCUUUUUAAUUUGGAUUCAUUUUUAUGUAUCUUUCUUGUGAAAAAGUAUAUAAUUUAUUUAUCAAAAGCCUUUCAACCCAAUUUUAGGAGAGACUUUUUAAGGAUUCUAUGAUAAUUGUCCUAUUUAUUGUGAAUAGAUCAGUCAUCAUCCUCCAAUUUGUGCUAUAUAGAUGUUUGGUAGAUAAUAUAGGUAAAAUUAAUUAAUGAUUAUAUAGAAUUGACGCUUAAUUGGAAUUGAUAGCUAAUUUUAAUUCUAAUUCAGUAGUUGGAAGAAAUAUAGGUACAUUAAAAAUCACUUUUGAAAAUCCUCAUUAAGUUGUAUUGAUUACUUUGGCUCCUGGAAGUUUAAAUGGAACAACUUAUGGAGAUAAGGUAAUGAAUUAUCUUGAAAAGUAAUUCAUUAUAGAUAUCAAAAAUAAAAUAAUUACUGAAGUUACAUUUAAUCCAGAUAAAAAAUAUUGUUAAUUUUUUGAUAUUGAAUAUUAAAAUCAAUUAGAUUAUUUAUGUGGAGCUAUUUGUGAUGUUACUGAUGCAGCUAUUUAAAAAUUUCAUAAAGAGGGUUAUCGUAAAUACAAAGGAUUAGAUCUUAAAUAAGAUAUUAAAAAUAUAAAACAUAAAAUAAAAGGAAUAUGGGUUAAUGAAAUAAAAGUACUUUUUUAUAAUAUUAAUAAUAGAUUGAUAAUGAAAAAUUAAUUUCUAUCCAUAAUGAUUUUCCUGUAAAAAUGCAAUUAGCUUAAUAUCCUAUACCGUCAGAUGCUAAUUUUAGAAUGGAUUUAUUGUGGUGGAAAUUGAAAGAUUUUGAUUAAUCUUAAUAAUGGAAAGAAAAACUUGAAAUAUUGUAAAGACAAGAUAGAAAAUUAAGGGAAUAAAAAGGGAAAAAAAAAAAGUGA